CCUAUGACAGGUUCGAGUAAAUAGGUCAUGUCUCCGUUUGGAGACUCAGUUUUCAAAAUGGCGACAUCAAUACGGAAAUAAAUGCGAUAGUCAUCUACGUUCGUUAUGAGCCAAUAAAGGCAUGCCUUAAUUAAGAAAGUGAUUUAUCAGGAUAGAUAAUUUACAUUUGUUCAAGAGUUACUGGCCUUACCAUGAAAAUAAGAAUCAGGCAAGGUUUAGCCAGUUGCCUGGUGCUAAUGAUGUGGGUGCCCGUAUUGUCUCAGAGUGUCAGAGAAUAUGACAUGGAUGAGCUGGCAACAUGUGGCAGGACUAUCAGUGUUGAUGACUCUGGAGUACGCCUCAAUGGGCGGGGCAACACCGCCCCAUCCAACCCACCCCUUGAGUGUAUUGCAUACCUCAUGUCAGUCUAUGCCAGAGAUGAUGGCAGCAAUAAACUCCAAAUUGAAAUUGAGAGUCUUGUCAUCAAAGACUGCACCGUCAGAGUGGACUUGUACAACGGCAGGACUAGUGUUGGAAACACUUUGCAAGCUCUCUCUUGUCAGUAUGGGUCUACUGGAAUAGUGUAUUCAACUGGACGAGAAGUGACUGUUAAAUUUUCACGUCCUGACAGAAUUAUUCACAAUGAGUAUCAAUACAGUUUGCUGAUAAAACCAUACAAGGACCAAAAUGUGCCAGGUACUAUGAUGGGAGUUGAUGCCUUGCCAGUUGGGGCCAUCAUUGGCAUUGUAAUUGGAUGUAUUGUCCUGGUAGCCUUGAUCAUCCUCUUUCUCUGGUGCUGCUGUACAGGCCGAAUUGGAAACUUCAACAUUCCUGGCCGGUCUAUCUUCCAUUCAUCUUCCAAGCCAGCUGUUGUCAAUAGCAGCUCAACCUCAGAGAAGUCUAAGCCUCCAAUCAUUGACUUCCAGGACCCUGUUGUAUGGAACACUGUGACAACGGGUAAAUAUGACCCACAAUCUCAGAACCGAGGCAGCCUGUACCAGAAGGGUGGACCACGCAUGGGCAGAAACUUCCAACGAGAAGGGAGCUACCGCAAUAUGCCAGGUCAAGGUGACUCACUAAACAGGAUGUCAAGACACGAGUAUGAGCAGUACGCAUAUGAUCAAAAAGAGAAAGAAAAGGAAGAGGAAGAGAGAAGAAAAAGAGAGGAUGCUAGGAAUAUACAGGAGGAGUUGAGAAGAAAGCAGGAAGAAAGAAAGAAACAAGAAGAAGAAAGGAAAAGGCUGGAAGAAGCGAAAAACAAACAAACAAGUAAAGAGACAUUAAUUGAUGAUGUGUUUGACACUGAUAGUAACAAAACCACAGAAACCGAUGACACGUCUCUGAAGAAGAAAGAUGGUUCUCCAAAAUCAAAACGGAAGGGUGAUGUCCCUGAGACAAGAGACAUUGAUGGCAACAUGCAGAGGUAUCUCUCCAUUGACCUUCAGAGUCAGCCGGACUCUGAAACAAUCUCCAGCCCACUGCAUGUGAAUGCUGGGUUCAGGGCCAGGGUUGACGAUCAUCCUGAAUCACCCAACGCCAGUCUGCGCAAGAAGAAAAAGGGAGAUAAAUCACCAUUAUCAAGACGAAAAGGGAAAGAACCAGAUCCUACAGCUCUGCCUCCAGAAGCGUUUGAACCAAUUUUCAACUCUGCUAUAACUGGUAUCAACUAUCCAGGCAAUCAACCUCAGGGCCAGUAUGGAUAUCCAGGUGGAUUUUAUCCGUAUGGUCUCAUCCCUGCAGGUGCUUUUGCCCCUGGUCCCCUUGGCACGCAAACAUAUGCAUAUGCAUAUCAAACAGUCCCACAAUCAGGUGCACCUGUUCAGGGUGCAUAUGUUGUUCAAGACACGCCUACAGCAACCGGGGGCAACUUGCGCAAGGCAUUCGCUGUUGAAGUAUCUCCACACAAGAGAACUUCAGAAAGUCGACGCCACAAAAAGGGAAAUGAACUUGAAAGAGCUGGCCGUGGCCAGAUAAGAGAUGUUAUUCGAGAUCCAGAACUUUCUCUUAUUGCACGGGGUGCAGCCCCACCUGACCCUGGGCAGGGUCAAAGGUCGGUUGCUGUAAAGACAGGCACUGACCCUAAAACUGGUGUAAAUACCACUCAAGUGGUAUGGACAGACACCGUACCCGACCCAACGGACCCGAAACCCGGGGAAAACCCACAGAUCACACGUAAAACAAUCACCAGGGUUACAACAAAAAGUGGCUAUGCCGAGCUUCAGCCUGAGACCAACAUUUUGUUACUGGAUGAUGGUACAGAGCCCUCCUUCCUGGCACCAAGUGCUAAUAGAUCACAGCCUGCAAUCAUGCCCUCUAGCGGCAAUGAAAACAUAGCCUUCUACACCGGGGCUGGGGACCACCACACUGUUGCGCCCCCUGAACGGUCAUCUACACCAACUUCAAUGCAUGGAGCCCCAGUGUACAACUACGCCAUCAGAGACAGGAUACCUAUGGAUGACUCCACAGUUUAAUGGGGGUCUUGUUAUAUUGUCAACCCAUCUUUGCUCAUCAGUUUAAAUAAUGACUGUCUUCUAUUUUUGUAUCAGAUCUAAACCUGAUAACCUCUGCUACACAAGUAACAAAUGCUAAAUAUUUGGCUAACAACCAUUUCAAUGAAUUAUUUUUUUACCCUGUUUUACUGAACCAGAUUUCUUCUUGUGUCUUGAUCUCUUUUUUUUAAUAUGUGAAAGCAGUAAUUGAAUAAUGCUAUCAGAAUUUUCACUUAAGCACUGAAGUCUAUGCCAUAACAUAAUUUGUACUAUAGAGAAUAACGCAUUGCUGAUUUUAAAACAUUUUUAAAAAAAAUGUACAUGACAGUUUUUUAAAAUAUAAUGUUGCUAAAGGGU